AUGGUGGAGUACAAGUUUGAUGCAACGACCGGAGAACAGGUCGGUGCGGGAACAUGGGACCACAUCCUUAUCACCUUGUUUGGAACGGAAGGCCAAAGCGAGACAAUGGAGUUGAACAACUGGGGUGUUGACUUCAUAACGGGCACAACUGGGACCUACACUGUAAAAACCAGUGCAUCACUGGGGAAGCUACUGCUGGUCAAAGUAGAGAAAGAUCCUAAAUUCCUCCUCCCUGACGACGAUUGGUACUGCUCCAAAAUAGUGGUCACCACCCCAGAGAGAGAGGUGCUUCUUUUUCCAUGUUACCAAUGGCUGUCCAAUAAAGAAGUAGUGGAACUGAGGGGAGGAAGAGCUAUGAAGGUUUUUGAAGAUGACCACCCGUUGCUGAUUGAACAUCGAAAAAAGGAGCUGGCAUCUAAAAAGAACUUGUUCCGAUGGGCAGUAUUUAAGGAAGGACUCCCUUACCACGCUGAUUUCAAUGCAACAAAUGUCCCGGCUGAAACCCGUAUGUCAGUGUCCAGGAUGGUUCAAUCGAAGAUGUCUGUCGUGAUGGGAGCCGCAGAACUCAACCUGAAGGGGAUGCUUGACUCGGAGGAAAGUUGGGAGAAGAUUGACCAAUUGAAACAAAUCUUCUGGAACAGAAAUACCAAAAUAUCAGAGUGGGUUAGCGAACACUGGAAGGAAGAUGACUUCUACGGGUCCCAGUUUCUGAACGGAAUUAACCCCAAUAUGAUCAAACGUUGCUCUUCACUUCCUCCAAAUUUGCCAGUCAGAGAGGAAAUGGUGAAAGCGUUCCUGGAGGAAGGCAGCAGUCUGGACAAUGAAAUCAAGAAAGGCAAUAUAUUCCUGUAUGACCAGAAAAUCUUGAGUGGAAUACCAGGGAGGAUGUACAAUGGUGUGAGUCUGCAAGUGUCUGCUGGACUCUGUCUGUUGUACCUGAACCCUGAGAAAAAACUAAAGCCCAUUGCAAUACAGCUACAACAACAACCCUCGGAGGAGAACCCCAUUUUUCUGCCGAGCGACUCGGAGACGGACUGGCUUCUCGCCAAGAUGUUCAUUAAACAAGCAGACAUUUUGUAUCAUCAGGCAGGCUGCCACUUUAAGGACACUCACUUUCUCUCAGAGUCCUGGUAUACGAGCCUUAUCCGCAACUUCCCUGUGAUUCAUCCCAUUUACAAGUUUGACUACCAGGCCUUCAUCCCCAAUGGCGCCAUCCUUCUACGCAAGCCACCUCCGACUGUCAAAGGCCAGUCGAGUAUGAAGACCAUUCUGGAAACGCUGCCAAACAUUGGCGAGUCGGUCAAGAUAGCGAACCUCGUCUAUGUCCUCACGAAAAAAUACUCAGAUUUCGUGGCACUGGGUUCAUACCCUGAGGAACUGUUUCAAGAUCCGGAAAUCCAACAGAUGGUCAGAGAGUUUCAAGCACAUUUGUCCAAACUUAGUGAAGACAUCAAUGCUAGAAACGCACAGCUUGAAGUGCCGUACGAAUAUUUGAACCCUAAUCGAGUGGAGAACGCUAUCACUCAGAAAAUAGGAAUUUCUUUCAGGACGACAUGUUUUUCACUCACAAUGAAGCACGUUAGAAGAAUCUAUAAUAUUGGUCAUUUUAUUAAAUUAGACAAUAACAUAAUGUAGUAGCAUUAAUAACUGCAGGAAUAUUCAAAUGGAUUUUUCUGGGGGCAACAUUUUCAGAAAGUUUAGGACAGGAGGGGUGGACUUCUUCCUUCUCAAGUAAUCUUAUUUUGUCUAUAAUUUCUAAAAAAAAACAGCUAAUGUAGUCCUGAUAUAAAUAGAUAAAUUAUGAUAACAUUUUAAUUAAGGACAGCACGGUGAAACAGGGGUUUGAGCGUGUGCCUCACCAUAAGAAGGUCCUGGGUUCAAUCCCGGGCUCGGGAUCUUUCUGCGUGGAGUUUGCAUGUUCUCCCCGUGACUGCGUGGGUUCCCUCCGGGUACUCCGGCUUCCUCCCACCUCCAAAAACAUGCACCUGGGGAUAGAUUGAUUGGCAACACUAAAUUAGGCCCUCGUGUGUGAAUGUGAGUGUGAAUGUUGUCCGUCUAUCUAUGUUGGCCCUGCGAUGAGUUGGCGACUUGUCCAGGGUGUACAAGGCCUUCCGCCCUAGUGCAGCUGGGAUAAGCUACUGCACCCCCCGCGACUCCGAAAGGAACAAGCGGUAGAAAAUGGAUAGAUGGUUGGAUGGAUGUUAAUUAAGGGGCUAGUGGGUGUAUAAUAGCAGCUAAAAUGCUUUUAAUACAACAUAAUUCACAUGUGCUUCUUAUAAUUACAAAACCUAGCCACCUUUUGCUAGAUCUCUGCUUUAGUUUGAAUUAAAACCCAGGUCACCCUUGUUUAACCUUUUUAAUGAACACCUUUGACAUCCUAAAGCAGGGGUGUCACACUUGUUUUAUUGAGGGCCACAUCGCAGUAAUGACUGCAUUCAGAAGGCCACUUUUUUAAAAUUAAUAAAUAUUGCAUGCGGGCAAAAAAUUGUGAUUAAUCAUCAAAAAAACAAAAAAAUUGACAGCAUUGAUAUAAAUGUGUACCAGUAAUCACCUCGUAUUAUUACAUUGUUGCCUAUGCACUUGAUUAUUAGAUUUGUUCAUGUACAAAUUAAUGGAUACAUCAUAUGUAAAAGUGACAAGCAAAUAUUCAACUGUAUUUUUCUAACACACUGUAUUAUAAUGUAAUAUUUGGCAUGAUUUGAUAACAUUCAGAAGAUACACAUUUUUUCCUGUCAAAAUCAAAAUAAUUAUUGGAAUUUAGUUAAAAAAAAAAACAACAACAAAAAAACAAGUGUUUUAUUAACACACACUUUUCCCAGGCUUUUGCGGGCCACAUACAAUGAUGUGCCGGGCUAGAUCCGGGCCCCGGGCCUUGAGUUUGACACCUGUGUCCUAAAGGCUUCCACGUCCUAAAAUAAAGGUGCAUUGCUGUGUAUUUGUGUAUCUUCUUUGGUCUUAAGUUACUCACAUAAGCCAUAAUACAUAAUGUCGGAUAUAGAGAACAUACCAACCCUUUAUUCAUUGAAUCGAAAUACUGAUAUUCUACGACAUAGUGAAUUUGCAAACAGCUAAAAUAAUACACAAAGCAAAUUACGAACUGCUACCCAAGAAUAUACAACAAUUCUCAACAAAAGAGGAGAAAUAUAAUCUUAGACAAAAAUGUAAUUUAAAACACUUGUACACAUGUACAACACUUAAGACCUUUAGUAUAUCAGUAUGUGGAAUUAAAUGAUAGAAUGGAUUAAGCAAAGACAUCACACAAUGUACUAAUAUGAUCCAUUUCAAGAAACUCUUCAAACAUAAAGUGUUUACAAAGUACAAAGAAGAAAAACCGUGAUAAUCAUUCUGAAUUUAUUUCAUCCAUCCAUUCAUUUUCGAGAUACUAUUACUCAUCUCACCAUAUGAAAUAUAACUUACUUCACCAAUUGUUAUUUAUUUAUUUCUAUUGUGAUUACUUAUGGAAUAUAUUGUGAAUAAAUUGAGAACUGGAAGUGAAGAAAAGUUUUAGCAACUGCUAUGUA